AGCAGCUCUGCAGCAGCUCAGGCUCACAGGGCUGACUGCACACAUCACACCCCGAGGCUUAACUGUGGACAUUAACCUCCAGUCAAGUCCAGAAUCGAGAUUUCAGGUGAGGAGAGAUGGCAGACAGCAUAGGGCUGCAGUUUGUCAGUUCCUAUGCCUUUGAAGCCAUGCAGAAGGUGGACGUGGUGCGCCUGGCCGCCCUGAGCGACCCAGAGCUCAGGCUUCUGCUGCCCUGUCUGGUCAGGAUGGCUUUAUGUGCACCCGCUGAUCAGAGCCAGUCCUGGGCGCAGGACAAGAAGCUUAUCCUCCGUCUCCUCUCUGGAGUGGAAGCUGUCAACUCCAUUGUAGCACUUCUGUCUGUCGACUUCCAUGCUUUGGAGCAGGAUGCACGGAAGGAACAGCAGCUCAGACAUAAGGCAGGGGCUUCUAAUGGAGAGAGCGUCCUGGUGUCACAGCUACAACAUGGCCUCACCCUGGAGUUUGAACACAGUGAUCCUCUCAGGAGACUCCGUCUGACCCUCAGUGAGCUGUUGGCAAUCAUGAACAAGGUGGUAGACUCCAAUGGGGAGUUCUUCUUAAAGUCCUCUGAACUCUUUGAGAGCCCUGUAUAUUUGGAAGAAGUGGCAGACGUCCUCUGUAUUUUACAAGCAGAGCUGCCUUCUCUGCUGCCCAUUGUGGACGUGGCUGAGGCUUUGCUUCAUGUCCGCAAUGGCGACUGGUUUCUUUGUCUGCUGGUUGCCAACGUGCCUGACAGCUUCAAUGAAGUGUGCCGAGGUCUGAUCAAGAAUGGGGAACGCCAGGAUGAAGAGAGUGUGGGUGGUCGGCGCAGGACCGAAGCCCUCAGGCAGCUGUGUCAGAUGAACCCCUCACAAGCCCUUAACAUCCGAGCCAUGGUGGUGGAGGAGUGUCACUUGCCUGGCCUAGGUGUAGCGCUGACGUUGGAUUACAAACCAGAUGCAGCGGAUGAUGCCGUGAGCCCCCUCGUGUCGUAUGUCAGCGGUCUGCUGCUGGGAACCAAUAGUAAAGUACGGACGUGGUUCAGCAUGUUCAUUCGCAACGGACAACAGCGUAAGAGAGAGAGCAGUUCGGUCCUGUGGCAGAUGCGCAGACAGUUGCUGCUAGAGUUGGUAGCCAUUCUGCCACGCUCACGCAGCACCCACGUGCCCAACGAUGGCAACAUGGAUGAUGAAAGUGGUUCAGGGUACUCUGGUCUCAGAGAGGAGCAUGUGGUGAAGGCUAGCGCGCUGCUCCGCCUCUACUGCGCUCUCAUGGGGAUCGCAGGUCUCAGACCUACGGAUGAAGAGGCCGAGCAGCUCUUACAGCUGAUGACUAGCCGGCCACCCGCAACUCCCGCAGGGGUUCGCUUCGUGUCUCUGUCAUUCUGCAAGCUGUUGGCCUUCCCCACCCUGGUCAGCACUCCAGAGCAAGAACAGCUGAUGGUCAUGUGGCUCAGUUGGAUGAUCAAAGAGGAAGAAUAUUUUGAGAGUGCUGCAGGAGUAUCUGCUUCUUUUGGAGAGAUGCUAUUACUGGUUGCCAUGUAUUUCCAUAGCAACCAGCUCAGCUCCAUCAUUGAGUUGGUGUGCUCUACUUUGGGGAUGAAGAUUGCCAUCAAGCCCAGUUCUCUGAGCAAGAUGAAAACUAUCUUCACACAGGAGAUUUUCACUGAACAGGUAGUCACGGCCCAUGCAGUUAGGGUUGCAGUCACCAACAACCUAAGUGCCAACAUCACAGGCUUUCUGCCUAUUCACUGCAUCUACCAGCUGCUUCGGAGCCGGUCCUUCACCAAGCACAAAGUGUCUAUCAAAGACUGGAUCUAUCGUCAACUGUGUGAGACCACCACACCCAUCCACACACAACUGAUUCCUUUAAUUGAUGCCUAUAUCAACUCCAUCCUCACUCCAGCAUCCAAAGCCAACCCAGAGGCCACCAAUCAGCCGAUCACUGAGCAGGAGAUCCUCAAUGUGUUCCAGAGCUCUGCAGGGCAGGGGGACAGUAGUCGAGGAGGGCGGCAGCGGUAUUCCAUCACUACGCAGCUGCUCAUCCUUUACUACAUCCUGUCCUAUGAGGAGAACCUGCUGGCUAGCACUAAACAGCUGGCACUGAUGCAGAAGAAGCCAAAGUCCUAUACAGCUGCCUUGAUGGAUCAGAUCCCCAUUAAGUACUUGGUUACUCAGGCCCAGGGUCUGCAGCAGGAGCUGGGGGGUCUGCACUCUUCCCUGCUGCGACUGCUCGCCACCAACUAUCCCCACCUAUGUCUUGUGGAGGAUUGGGUGUGUGAGGAGCAGGUGACUGGUACCCUUCCUCUGCUGAGGAGGAUGAUGCUGCCUACCAACACCUGUAGAUACACCCAGAAUCAGCUCCACCAGGCCUUCCAGAAGUUGCCGUCCAGCAGUCCCAGGCUCAUGCGCAUCCUGGAGCAUCUGACGCUGCUUUCACCUGGAGACCUGAUCCCCUACGCAGAGGCCCUCACAGCCAGCACGGCUCUGCUGCUGGAGCCUGCGGUGCCUCGCCGAAUAAUGCAGACCCUCAACAAGCUCUGGAUGGGUCUUAACACUGUGAUGCCCCGCAGAUUGUGGGUCAUGACGGUAAACGCCCUCCAGCCUUCAGCGAAGCUGCUCAGGCAGCAGACGUACACGCAGAAUGACCUGAUGGUGGAUCCUCUCAUUGUGCUGCGCUGUGAUCAGAGGGUGUACAGGUGUCCUCCUUUGAUAGAUAUCGUCCUUCACAUGCUGAAUGGUUAUCUGCUGGCCUCGAGAGCCUACCUGCAGUGCCACCUGAAGGAGACGGCUGACUUCGAUCGGCAGACUGUUUCAAACCUGGGAGUUUCUGGACAGCCUGACACACCUGAAGUCACCAGAGAGGAGCUCAAGAACGCGCUUCUAUCUGCGCAGGACAGUGCAGCAGUCCAGAUCCUUUUGGAGAUUUGUCUGCCAAACUCUGAAGAGCAGCAGUUAGGGGCCACCACGGAGAGUCUUUUGCAGAGCAUUCGGGUCCCUGUGCAAGGGAAAAGGAAGCAGGGCAGCCUGGGGUCAGCAGCCAGGGCGGUGGAGGAGGACGCUGAGCCAGAGGGCGGCCUGCUCAGUGACAUAAGGGAGGUGCAGUGUCUCAUCUGUUGUCUGCUGCAUCAGAUGUUCAUCGCUGACCCCAACAUCGCCAAGUUGGUUCACUUUCAGGGUUAUCCGCAGGCUCUGCUGCCUUUAACGGUGGCAGGCAUCCCCUCCAUGCAUAUCUGUCUGGACUUCAUCCCAGAGCUGCUGGCUCAGCCUCAGCUGGAAAAGCAGAUCUUUGCAAUUCAGUUACUGUCGUACCUGUGCACCCAGUACGCCUUACCCAAAUCCCUGAGUGUGGCCAGGUUGGCCAUUAGCGUCAUGGGCACCCUUCUAACAGUGCUGACUCGUGCCAAGCGGUUCUCCUUCUUCAUGCCCACCCUGCCGUGUCUGGUGGCUUUCUGCCAGGCCUUCCCUCCCCUCUAUGACGAUGUAGCAGCUCUGUUGGUGCAAGUUGGCCAGGUCUGUGCCUCCGAUGUGGCCACCAAAGCCAGGGAGAUCGACCCGCUAAUCACCUGCCUGCAGAACCUGAAAGAGAAACCUCAGGAGGCUCUGGUUCCGGGCGGAGGCUCCUCCAAGCUCACUCUCCCCCAGAAGACGGCAGAGGAGCUGGGUGGAGCCGACCCCGACGUCCAGCUCUGCUACUGCAUCGAAGCCACGUUCAUGGACAUCAUCAGCUCCACCCUACAUGGACUAUAGACCACACACACACGUGCAUUAUAGCAGGACCUGACCUCGGUCACCAAGUCCAAACACUGCCUCUGAACACACUCCCGAGAGGGCUGCUGUCAACAGAAAUCCAAUCACCUUCAUUUAGGGCUUUCAGGUACUUUGCACAUAAUGUUGUGGUGUUUUCUCUUCUGGUCUGCACUGGGUGGACUGAAAGGCCCCGUCUUCAGCCAUCAGACAUCGUGAAACUAAACGUGUUAUGAGUUCUUAGAAAAUGCGUGAAAAAGUGCUUUGUCAGUUUGUAGAGAGAAAAAUACCAACAACAUUAAGCUAAGCUUUGUUGAACUCAUUUCUCAAACCGUAAAAUGAAAAUAUUCUUUUGAAAUAU